GCUCCUGUUGCGCACGCGCAGGCGGUGUAUCGCGCGCCUCGCCUGGCAUCACGCACAAGCCGCCGUGCACGCAGCGGAGGAGCAGCCAGCCGACAAGUUCCGUGAACUAGACGCCACAGGUCCGUCAUGGGAGGUAAACUGAGCAAGAAGAAGAAGGGCUACAACGUCAACGAUGACAAGACCAAAGACAAGGACACCAAGGCAGAGGGGGCAAGUCCUGAGGACAACCAGACGCUGAAAGACAGCAAAGACGAAGCCGCCGCCGCCUCCACCGAUUCCAAGGAGACAGCCAACGACACGGCGGCCAAUGAUGCGGCUGCCAAGGAGGAGAAGAACGCCACCAAGGAGCCGGAGAAGCCCGCCACCAAUGCUGAGCCCAAAACGGACGGCACCAAAAGCGCCGAGCCCGCCAAGGCCGAAGAGACUCCGGCCACCCCCAAGGAGCCGCCCCCAACCACUAAGGAGGGUGGCAAAGAGGAGGCCGAUGCCAAAAAGACUGAGGCCCCCAAAGUUGAGGUUGCCCCCAAAGCUGAGGCGGCCCUCGCCGUGUCCCCGGACCCCAAAGCCCCGGCAGCCCCGGCCAAGGAGACCCCGAGUUCAACAGCAGCCCCCGAAGCUCCGCCCAAAGAGGCCAAUGCCACAGAGGCGCCCAGCAAGGAUCAAAGUGUAGCAGCUCAAGAUUAACGGACGGUUGACCACACCACAACUACAAGGCCCCGCCCCCUUUGGACAAUAACAACCAAUAAUAAUCAAGACCACCCUGGAGCACCCCUCCCCCCUCUCCCCCCAGUAGACUACUAUUAUUAUCGUUGUUGUUUAUGUUCCACUUUGAUGACCUUUGACACCAGCAUCAUUACCAUCCCAUGUCAUCACCCCUUAGCCACGCCCACUCUCGCCAGAUGACAAAUCACUGGUUGAUACACAAGCAGGAAGUACUUUUUGUUCUCUUUCAAACCAGGCACAACUUCCUAGAAGUAAAGCAGAACUUCUUAGAAGGACGGCAUAAAUUCUUAGAAGUACUGUACUGUAAAUGAAAACAUCAAGUAUUGAUUGAUCAAGCUCUGAUCAAUCAUCCUCUCCAUGUUAGCAUGUCCUCUCAUUCUUCUACUACAACCAUCCAUGACGCAUAACAUCCAUCCUUCGCACCUCCCCACAUGCGUGUGCAUGUACAGUAUCAGUCAAAAGUUUAGAGACACUUGCUCAUGCUCAUGCAUGAAGGAGCGUCCAAACUGGGGACUGCUGCCGCACCUCCUCCAUCUUCUCCACGUCACCACCUUGCAUGUCCGUGCUGGUCGUGUCGUUUUGUUCCCCCCAAAAUAAAUGAGGCUGAUGAUGA